AUGACAUUUGAUAUAAACUUAUUGAAGCCUAACGAAGUAUCAAUAAACUUAAAAUUAUUUAAGUUGUAUAGGUUUUUUCAUCUUUGUGAUCUAAAAAACAAAACAAUUUUCAAUAUCAAUGUGUACCAUCUAGCUUAUUACAUCAUAAGUUUCGUAGUUGGUGGUAUUGUAAUUUACGGAUUGAUGGGUUAUGUUAGUGAGAAGGAAGAUGAAGUCAUUAUCACUAACAAUAUACUAGUAAUGUAUUGUUGUAUAGUAUAUUAUCUAUGUUUAGUUAAAAUAAUUACAUUAACUUAUAAAGCGAAAAACAUUUGGAAUUUACUCCAUGUAAUUAGAAUGCAUUUUUUAACAAGCACACAGUGUCAAAAACAUAUUGGAAUUCUCCAAAAAUAUCGCAAAAAAUCAAUAAAAAUUACAAAUUACAUAAGUAUUUUAUCAAUUAUAACUACCUUCAUAUGGAUCUUGUAUCCUCUAGUGCUGGUGUUAUUACAAAAAGAAGACGCAUACAAAUCAAAUCAACGCUUUGAGAAUAUUUUCAACCUACGCUACCCCGUGACCAUCAGUUUCUAUAAUAAUAAUUUUGGUAUAUUUUAUAUUAUGGAGGUUUCUAUUAUAGUGAUUUUGUUAUACAUGCAUGUAGUGACUGAAGUAUUCUUUAUUUCUCUUGGCUUGAUUUUUAUUGCUCAAUUUGAGAUGAUCAAAAAUGCUUACGAAAAUGUCAACGUUGAACUGAAUUCCGAAAAUACCAAUAAAAACAAAAAUGAUGUUAACGAUUGUUUUGAUGAUUUAGUAUCAAUUAUGAAGGAUCAACAAAAACUUUUUGAGAAAUUAAAAUUAUUUCAUUCUACGUUUAAAAUUGUAAUUGUAUCAAAUGUUGUGGUAUAUUCGUGGUCUAUUAUAAUUUUAAUAUAUUCAUCCACUCUGAAUUUAUUUACGUCAUCAAAAUCAAUACCAAUGCUCAGUAUAAUCAAAUCGGUAUUAUCAUUUGGAAACGUGUUUAUUCUUUUACUACUCCUUUGUUAUUUAUUGGAACGCAUUAAUAACAUUAAAGAGUCUGUCCAUUUCGGAAUGUAUAGUUGUAAUUGGACAUCAAUGAAUUUAAGAUCAAGAAAAAUGUUAUUGUUAUCAAUGCAAUUGAAUAAUGCUAAUAAAUUGAUGAUUAAAAUAUCACCGAGAAAAAUUGUCAACCUACAAUUUUUUAAUAGUGUGAUGAUCACAUGCUAUAACAUUCUUUCAGCCAUGUUGAAUAUAAGCUCUAAAUAA